GUCUUAUGUUUUGAGCUCCCCUUUUUUGUGCUUGACUGAUUGCGAAUCUGAAACACAGAAUAAAAAUGUCAUUCGAAUCCAACGACAGCUUUAAUAUUUUUGAAGGACAAAAUAGAAGUAAACACGCGUGAAUGAAUAUAUUCUCGGGGUUUGACGUGGUUUUACGCUCCAAUGGGGGGCUGACACUUCCAGACAGUUCCUCCACUCGAUUUUGGCUCGUGGGCUGAGCAAAUAGAAAAGCUCGUGCGCUGUAUAUGUGGAAUUCCAACCCAGCCAGCCAAUUCACGAUUAUUUUCGCCUUUCCUUAUGGAUGUUUAGUCCGCUCCCAAUUGACUUCGAGCUCAAAGUACGACAGAAGGGAAUGAAGAAGGUUGGAAGCUGAGAUGGUGCUUUGUCAUCAACAUGGGCAAAAGAAGUUGAGGACCUGCACCCAACAAACAUUGCAGCCUUGCAAAGUGACAGCUAUGCCAAACCACCCCUCCUGAUCCCCACCUGGACCUUUGCAGUUGUCCUACAGUUCAAUCAUAGAAUUAUAGGCUCACUGCGUCGUGAGCAUGGCUACACCUUACUUGUGGAAGCUGUCGUCCCAAAAGCUUGGCUUCUUCUUGGUCAGCUUUGGGUUCAUCUGGGGAAUGAUGCUGCUACACUUCACCAUCCAGCAGCGAGCCAGCCAUGAGAACAGCGCUAUGCUUCGACAACAGAUCCUGGACCUCAGCAAGCGAUACAUCAAGGCGCUAGCUGAGGAAAAUCAAAGUGUCAUGGAUGGGCCUUAUGUGGGUACCAUGACUGCUUAUGACUUAAAGAAGACCCUUGCAGUUCUGCUUGAUAACAUUAUGCUGAGGCUGGCCAAGCUGGAGUCAAAGGUUGAGAACAUCUACAACAGCAGCGGAAGUAUUCUAACCAAUGGCUCCAGCACCUCCACACCAAGCUCCACCAAUCCAGAAAAAGUUAAUGUGGCUGAUCUUCUAAAUGGAGCCCAGGAAAAGUGUGAGCUGCCGCCUUUGGAUGGAUUCCCUCACUGUGAGGGCAAGCUCAAGUGGAUGAAGGAGAUGUGGCGUUCUGACUCGUGCUACACCAAUUAUGGUGUUGAUGGAUCCACCUGUUCCUUCUUCAUUUACCUAAGUGAGGUGGAGAACUGGUGUCCCCAUCUGCCUUGGAGGACAAAGCGCUUGAAUGAAGACACAGACAGGAGGGGCCUGGCGGAGAUCCGGACCAGUUUUGAGGAGCUUUACCGUGUCAUGUCUCAGAGGGAAGAGUUCCGCUGGAUGAUGCUGAGGAUCAAGCGCAUGGCUGAGCCAUGGGUCAGUGCUAUUCGAUCGUUGGCUGCCAAGCAGAACCUGACCAAACGGAGGAGAAAGAAGGUCCUGGUGCACUUGGGUCUGCUGACCAAGGAGUCGGGCUUUAAAAUAGCAGAAAAUGCCUUCAGUGGUGGCCCACUGGGCGAGUUAGUCCAGUGGAGUGAUCUUAUAACCACACUCUAUCUGCUUGGUCACGAUGUCCGCAUUUCUGCCUCCCUGGCUGAGCUGAAAGAGAUCAUGCGGCGGGUGAUGGGGAAUAAGUCCAGUUGCCCUACUCAAGGUGACAAGGUUGUUGAGCUCAUAUAUAUUGACAUUGUGGGCCUCACCCAGUUUAAGAAGACACUUGGACCUUCAUGGGUCCACUAUCAGUGCAUGUUGAGGGUGCUGGAUUCCUUUGGAACAGAACCAGAGUUCAAUCACGCCCAUUAUGCCCAAUCCAAAGGUCACAAGACACCGUGGGGAAAGUGGAACCUCAAUCCCCAGCAAUUCAACACCAUGUUUCCUCACACUCCAGACAACAGCUUCCUCGGGUUUGUAGUGGAGCAGCACCUGAACGCCAGUGACAUCAAACACAUUGAUGACAUCAAGAGACAAAAUCAGUCUCUAGUCUAUGGCAAGGUUGACAACUUCUGGAAGGACAAGAAAAAAUACCUUGACAUCAUUCACAGCUACAUGGAAGUACAUGGUACUGUGCAUGGCACUAGCACUGUGCACCUCCCAAGCUACGUGAGGAAUCACGGCAUCUUGAGCGGACGAGAUUUGCAGUUUCUCCUCAGAGAAACCAAGUUGUUUGUGGGUCUUUCCUUUCCCUACGAGGGUCCUGCCCCUCUGGAGGCCAUUGCUAAUGGAUGUGCAUUCCUCAAUCCCAAGUUCAACCCACCAAAGAGCAGCAAGAACACAGACUUCUUUAAGGGAAAGCCCACCCUGAGAGAGCUGACCUCUCAGCAUCCCUACGCUGAGGUUUACAUUGGUCAACCCCAUGUGUGGACUGUUGAUAUUGACAAUGCCGCCGAAGUAGAAAAAGCAAUCCGCUCCAUCCUCAGCCAGAAGAUCGAGCCUUAUUUGCCAUUUGAGUUCACCUGUGAGGGGAUGCUGCAGCGAGUCAAUGCCUUCAUUGAAAACCAGGACUUCUGUCACGGCCAGGUGAUGUGGCCUCCGCUCAGUGCUCUGCAGAUCAAAAUGGCGGAGUCAGGACGCUCCUGUAAGCAGGUGUGUCAGGAAGAACAGCUUAUCUGCGAGCCCUCCUUCUUUCAACACCUCAACAAGGACAAGGACCUGGCCAGGUUUGGCGUGGACUGCCAGACAGUGGAGUCCAGCGCAGACACCGUGGUCCCGGCCUACAGCGAGACCCGUCACCACUGCAUCUUUCAGUCCGACCUGCUCCUCUUCAGCUGUGCUGGCGCCCACCAGUCGCUCAAGCGUGUCUGUCCCUGUCGUGAUUACAUGAAGGGCCAGGUGGCACUGUGCAAAACCUGCCUAUAGCGGUGGCAGGACAUGCCCUAAUUAGAGGAUGGGCUGGCACAUCUGAUCAAACCCUACCAGACUCCUAAGAGAAGCAUUUUGGACAGAGAAAGGCAGGACUGUGUGUGUGUUCACCAUAUUUAUUGUUUUGUCAACUGCUUAAAGAGAAGCACCUCUGCAGGAAUAGACCAGAAGCGGUGUAAAAUUACUUGAAUUAACAAAGGGAUUCAUCUUGGACUUUAAAAACUGUGAUGCAGCACAUAUCUGGCAUCCCGUUUGUCUCCAGGUUUAGUAGAAACUCAAGCCAACACUCCUACCCUCCCAGCUGCCCCGCUCCCCCUGUCAACCCCAUGGCCUCAAUCUUCCUCACUUUUCCCUGCUUAAUCUGAAUCAGUUCUUUCUUUAGGUAGGUUUACACUGGAAUGCACACCCCCCCACCACACACUUACGAAACAGAUGACUAGUUUUACACUGUAACAAACUUCUAUUCUAAAGUAAUGAAAGUGAACUAUUGUAUAGAGAUCUAGAUUUUUAUUCUAGAGGUAUGAUCAUUUUCUGAAACAUCUAGUUGCAGAUAUUUUGCCAUUGAAACGUUUUUUUUUUUUAAUUUACAAAUUGCACACUUAUUUUAAGGAAUACAUUUUAUAUGAAAAUGUCAAGUGUACCAAGAUUAUAUGCAAUGUCGUAUGUAGGAGUUUGUAGGAAUGGUUUCAACCACCUAAUCCAGUACCAGAAAGACAUGAAAGAGGACCUCAGUUUCCGUAGCUAAUACUGCCAUGGUGUCACCAUGUGGCAGGGUUAGGAUUAUUGUAAAUUCCAUUAUUUGUUCAUUUUCUUGAUCACUUAUCCUGUUCAGGGUCACAUGGAAGCUGAAAUUUGUCUUGGCUGAUUUAGGGCAUGGAUAGAUUUAUUAUGUCACAUAUGUAAUAGAAUACCGUGGUCUCUCAGUAGUAGCAACCUGAGAGAAAAGAAAGAAAAGAGAAGAGAAACAAUGAGAAAGUUUCCCAGAGAUAAAGAAACUUUGGAGAAAUGUUGUCUUCAUCAACUUAGACUAAACCUUGAAAACAAAACAGCUCAAAUCUUCUGCUGCCAUCAAAGCCAUCUCAAUUUGUUGGAAGAUGUCCAAUCAAACUAGUAUCACUCCAAAACGUUGUGGGUAAAAGUGCACUACAUUUAGUUUUCAUACAUUUAACAAAAUAUUAACACUGUACAUUGUUUCUCAAGUUAUUUAUUUUGUAUACCAGUGUUUGUGUUUUUGCUCUUGACCUAUGUUUCUUUAUUUAUAAGAGGGGUGUUUUAUUUAUGGGGAGUAUUUAAAAAGAUACCAGAACGCGCAUACAUGUCUUUUCAUGUAUGACCACCAGAGAGAGGCAUUUUAUGUUUCUGUUGGCUGGCGAAGCAAUGAGGGGUACAGCACCUGGGUUGUUUGUUCAAUGAAAACACGCUUUAUCUAGUUUAUAUCACUCAAAGGAGGCUUCUUUGAUUGUAAUGGGCGGUCUGGACAGUUUGGCCACAGUCAUUUACUGCCAUUCUUAUCACUGUCUUUCAACAAAAGACAGUAGCAGCAAAUGUGCCUCAUUUAAACUGGCAGUCAACAGUAGUUUCAUAGCCAAGCUCUCAAGUGUGCACGUUUGGGUCCAGAGACAACACCUCUGGCGCAGGCUGUUUUCUUUUCAACUAGCGAGUGGCUUGCGGCUACUGUAAGUUGGUGUUUCAGAGAGCAUUACGUGCCUUUUUACAGUACCGCAGGUUUUGGUCAUCACUUGCCAAAAAUAGUAAACAAACCUUCAGUCCCUAACUGGCUAACCCAGCAUCAGCUAGAAUUGUUCUGAUUUGUUCACCAGAAUCUGGUGUUCGGGUUUCCUUUGGUGAAUUGAACUGACUCACUUUCAAUUGCAUUUAGUAUAGGUUAAAUCUGUAGUAUAAUCAGUGUAAUAUUGGGCAAUAUGUGGAUUAGCAUCUUUGUGAAAGGGUAAUAAUUAUUUUGCAGCAGUUUGUUCCCAGUGAUAAUUCAUUGUGUUUUCUGGUUAUUUUUCCAAAUUAAUACAAGAACAUUCACAUAUUUGACCUUGAGUAACUGCUCAAAAGUAGAUUGGGUGUUUUUUGUUUUUUUUUGACUGAUAGAAACUAUUGUCCAUGCAGUCUCUUACAUGACAUUAACUUAAGCACGCUGUUAUUUUAGUGGGGCAGCCCAGAAACCUCAUCUUCUUGCUAUUGUUACUGUCCACAGUCGUGUGCUGUGGUUGUAUUAACUGUGCUGCGCACUCCAACUAUCUGGCAUAAUGCUAUCAUCCAGUGCAGUUGAGUUACUGUAUGCCUUAUACUUUUGAUCAUGCCUAUUAACAAAUGCAUGUGUACAGUAUGUGUCACCAUUCAGUUGUACCAGUUUGGCUUAAACAUACUGUAGAUUUACAUUUCACAGUUGAUAGGAGACCUACCACAAACAGUUAUCACUGUUUUCAUUUGCUUUAUGAAAUGUACGUAACAUUUAUCAGGCAAGACAUUCAUGUUGGCCUUUCCAUACUAAAAGAGAAAGCAGCUGAGAGCAAUUUGAGUCUGGCACCGAGUUUGUUCAAGUGUUCUCAAUUAGCCCAGAUUACCCUUCCUUUUUGUCAUUUGUACAAAGCUGUCCUUUGUACAACGGAACCUCAGUGUUUUGUUUGAUAUUUUUGGGUGCUGUCUCGGGUGUGAUUCAAAGCGGGUUUGUUUCCUAUAGCCAAAAAGAAUAAUGGCGUUUUUGUGUUCAUACUUCUUGAAUAAGAGGGAUAUAAUUUUAUUUUUAAAUAAACUUUUUUUCUGUGAAAAAAAAAAAAAAACCUCU